AAAACCCGGCGGAGCCGCUCCCGGAUCCCGGGCCGGGGCCCGCCGGUCUCCUGGCGCCGUCCCGCCGCUCAACCCCGGCUGUGCCGGCGGCGGGCGCGGGGCCGCGCCGAGGCCUCGUCCCCGCCCCGCGCGCACAGACCCCGCGGCGCCGGGAGGCUCCGGCCACGCCGCCGGGCUGUGUCUCGCCUGCGCUGCCGGCCCCGCCGGGGCGGUGUGUCGGGAGGGCUGGGGCGGCCCCGCCGCCGCCGCCGGCGGCUUAGGGGCGAUCCGCUGGGGCGGUGUGAUGGCGGGGCGGGGGGAGUUGGUGUGUGUUUGUCCUUCCCUCCCUCCCCACAGGCAGGGCUGGGCCGGUAAAGUCGGUGGCGCCGGAGGGUGCGGGCCCCGUGAAGGAGACAGACGACCGGCAGCCGGGACGGGGGGAGCGGGGGGGCCGCUUCCAGCUUAUGGCCCGAGUGUUCCCUGACACGAACACUGCACGUCAUGUUCUGCCAGCAGGUUUAAAAAAUGGCUGAAGAUGGCAGUGAUGAGACUGUGUUUAUUUGGUGCGAGGACUGUGGGCAGUACCAUGAUUCAGAGUGUCCUGAGCUGGGCCCAGUGGUGACAGUCAAAGACUCCUUUGUAUUAAGCAGGGCAAGAUCAUCUCUGCCUUCUAAUUUGGAGAUAAGACAAUUGGAAGAUGGGACUGAAGGAGUAUUUGCUCUGACUCAGCUAGUGAAGCGUACCCAGUUUGGCCCAUUUGAGUCCAGGAGAGUUGCCAAGCUGGAAGAGGAAUCAGUUUUUCCCCUGAAGGUGUUCCAGAAGGAUGGGCCCCUGGUAUAUUUUGACACCUCAAAUGAAGAUGAUUGCAACUGGAUGAUGAUGGUGCGACCAGCCACCAAAUAUGAGCAUCAAAACUUAACUGCUUUCCAGCAUGACAAUGAUAUUUAUUUCACCACCUCCCGGGACAUCCCAGCAGGAACUGAGCUGCGAGUGUGGUACGCAGCUUUUUACGCCAAAAAAAUGGAAAAGCCAGUGCUGAAGCAGGUCACUAGUAUUGCCAAUGAUAUGUGCUCAGUAGGGAUGGAAUCUGAUAAAGAGGGGAAUAAAAUCUCUUCAAAACCAUCAUCUCCUGUCUUCCCCCAUAAAAAAACGAAGAAAUCCAGCAUACCAGCAGCUGAUCCAGCAGUGAAUACUCCAGAAGGCAGUGGAGCUGCAGAAGCAGAGUCAAGCCAGUGGACGUGUAAAGUGUGUUCAUCUGCUUUCCAGGAGCCUCACCUGCUGACAGAGCACUUGCUGAGUCACCUGGAACAAGCUAAAGGUGCCUCCCAAACCAGCCAAAAUGAGGCUGGUGCAGAGAAGGCAGCAGAGGCUUCCUCUGUGGAUCAGCCAGUGGUUUGUGAUGCAGCCAGUGCCGGUACAGACUCAAAGAGGAAGGCCAGGCGGGGAAGAAAGCCCAAGACAGCAAAAGCAGAAACACCUCUUGUCAUUGCUGAAGAGAAGGAUUCUGCAGCGGAACGUGAAGCUGACGUCGUAACUGAGGCCCCACCAGAAGAGGUAGCCCUGCCUUCGGCUGCAGAAGAGAGAAUUAUGGAAUUGGUUUUAGGAAAGAUGCCUAGCAACACAAAUAGCAUCAGUUCAGUGACAAAUAGGUUUGCUCAUCACCAAAACACCAUGUCCCUCAAAAGAAGUUUAAUUCUCUCCAGUAGACAUGGUAUACGGCGGAAGCUGAUAAAACAGCUUGGGGAGCACAAGCGAGUCUAUCAAUGCAAUAUCUGCAGCAAGAUCUUCCAGAACAGCAGCAACCUCAGCAGACACAUCCGUUCUCACGGUGACAAACUAUUUAAAUGUGAGGAAUGCGCAAAGCUGUUCAGCCGUAAAGAGAGCUUGAAGCAGCAUGUUUCAUACAAGCACAGCAGGAACGAAGUUGACAAUGAGUACAGAUACAAGUGCACCACGUGUGAAAAGGCCUUUCGGAUAGAGAGUGCUUUGGAAUUCCAUAACUGCAGGACAGAUGACAAGACAUUCCAGUGUGAGAUGUGUUUCAGAUUCUUUUCUACAAACAGUAAUCUUUCAAAACACAAGAAAAAGCAUGGGGAUAAGAAGUUUGCAUGUGAAAUCUGCAAUAAGAUGUUCUACCGGAAGGAUGUCAUGCUAGACCAUCAAAGACGACACCUGGAAGGGGUAAGGCGUGUGAAAAGAGAAGACUUUGACCACAGCACAGAAAACAUGGUUCGCUACAAGAAGGAGCCUUCGGGAUGCCCCGUGUGCGGGAAGGUAUUUUCAUGUAGGAGCAAUAUGAACAAACACCUUCUAACACAUGGAGACAAGAAAUACACUUGUGAAAUCUGUGGACGUAAAUUUUUCAGGGUGGAUGUGUUGAGAGAUCAUAUUCAUGUCCAUUUUAAGGACAUAGCACUAAUGGAUGAUCACCAGAGAGAAGAGUUCAUUGGUAAAAUUGGAAUCUCAUCAGAGGAGAACGAUGACAACUCCGAUGAAAGUGCAGAUUCUGAGCCUCACAAGUAUAGCUGCAAAAGGUGCCAGUUGACUUUCGGCAGAGGGAAGGAGUAUCUGAAGCACAUAAUGGACGUGCACAAGGAGAAGGGCUAUGGCUGUAGCAUUUGUAACCGACGUUUUGCCUUGAAGGCAACUUACCACGCACAUAUGGUCAUUCAUCGGGAGAACCUGCCUGAUCCUAAUGUGCAGAAAUACAUCCAUCCAUGUGAAAUCUGUGGAAGGAUUUUUAACAGCAUAGGAAAUCUGGAAAGACAUAAGCUUAUACAUACAGGUGUAAAAAGUCAUGCUUGUGAGCAAUGUGGCAAAUCAUUUGCUAGAAAAGACAUGUUAAAAGAACAUAUGCGAGUCCAUGAUAAUAUCCGAGAAUACUUGUGUGCAGAAUGUGGCAAAGGAAUGAAGACAAAACAUGCACUUCGUCACCACAUGAAACUUCACAAAGGGAUUAAAGAAUAUGAAUGCAAAGAAUGUCACCGAAAAUUUGCACAGAAAGUCAACAUGCUGAAACAUUACAAAAGACACACGGGAAUCAAAGAUUUCAUGUGUGAGCUCUGUGGCAAGACGUUUAGCGAGAGAAAUACAAUGGAGACUCAUAAGUUGAUUCAUACAGUAGGAAAACAGUGGACAUGUUCAGUCUGUGAUAAGAAAUAUGUCACUGAUUACAUGCUACAGAAGCACAUCCAGCUCACUCAUGAUAAGGUAGAAGCCCAGAGCUGUCAGCUGUGUGGGACAAAGGUUUCUACCCGAGCGUCCAUGAGUCGACAUAUGAGGCGUAAACAUCCAGAGAUUCUUUCGGUAAGGAUUGACGAUUUAGAGCAGCUGCCAGAGACAACCACCAUUGAUGCCUCCUCAAUUGGGAUUGUUCAGCCGGAAUUAGCCUUGGAACAGGGAGAAUUACCAGAAGGGAAACAGCAUAUGAAAGCUCCUAAACGUGGCCCGAAACGAAAACAAAAGUCAGGUGAGGAGGAGGAAGCUCAAGUGCCUGAGGACCCUGCCUUCAGUGAAUACACAGAGAAGGAAGGUGAAUUCACAGGGAAUGUUGGAGAUGAGACUAAUUCGGCUGUACAGAGCAUCCAGCAGGUGGUGGUGACCCUUGGCGACCCAAAUGUCACAGCCCCUUCCAGUUCUGUUGGGCUGACAAAUAUCACUGUUACCCCCAUUACGACGGCAGCUGGAACCCAGUUCACAAACCUCCAGCCAGUGGCCAUGAGCCAUCUGACUGCACCUGAACGCCAGUUACAGCUGGACAACUCAAUUCUCACCGUGACAUUUGACACUGUCAGUGGUUCCGCCAUGCUGCACAAUCGCCAAAACGACAUUCAGAUCCAGCCGCAGCCAGAGGCAGCCAAUCCUCAGUCUGUGGCCCAUUUUAUAAACCUGACCACCUUGGUGAACUCCAUUGCUCCUCUAGGGAACCAGAUAACGGAACAGCAUCCUCUGACGUGGAGGUCAGUGCCUCAGACUGAUGUCUUACAGGCCCAGGCACAGCCAACGCAACAGCAGUCAGGACAGCAACAGGUUCAAACAGAGCAACAACAACAGAUGUAUAGCUACUAAUUUAUACUUUGAAAAGUUUUUAAAUGAACAGCACUUAGAGACAAACACACACAGACAUUUGGAAAAUUUCUAAUAGGAUUGUUUGCUGGAUACCAAACAGAGAUGGGAAAAUGGUUAUACAAUGAAAUGUAAGCUAAAAUUGGCGUAGCACCCUGCAACACCCUAGUCUUGAGAUUCUCAUGCUGUCUCUAGACCUUGCACUGUCUUAAAAAAAAGAAAAAGAAAAAAAAUCUCACCAUAAAUUUAGCACCCCCUUGCACUGUGUCUGAUGUGCAGUAAGAUUAAGAUUGACAGGAGGAUCGUAAUACACCUUAACCAAAGCAGGGAAACCCUAAAUAUUAUGGCACUGGUGAUUUACAGCACCCUUUCAGCCAUACCAUGUCACUUCUUUCCAGUCUGGAAAUUACACAUGAAGACCUUGUUCACAGUGAGGUGGAAUGCACUUGUGGUCAGCAGGUAGAGACUGAAAUGUGAAGACACAAAUGGGCAAAACAAUAAUUGUCUUGGUUUUUAUCUUCUUUAGGUCUUGUAUCUAACAACAUUGAUAAAGUAGGUGGACGUUGGGGCUUCGGGGGUGGGGAUGAGUGUGGUGUGAAAGAAAAUAUACCAGUUUUGCAAAGUAUUUGCAUUUUAGUCAUGGGAAAAACCCUGUACCCAUAACACAGUGUUAGUGCUACUUGAAUCAGAUAGCUGGUCUAAUGCUACAGCAACUUUUAUGGUCUUCUAGUCAAGUUUGAAUCAAACCAGUUAUGAACUGAAAAAAGAAUGUGAUACAGUUUUAUGUAAUUUUUCAAAACUGCUCUUUCAAUCUUGCUUUUAGCUAAUAGGCCUGAAGAGUAAUCAGUCCCCUUUGAUCAAGUUCAGGAUGUGAAUUUUUUUCAAUUAGUCUUCUUUCAUCAUGUAAUAAACAUUUGAGAAAGCAUUCCUUUUAUAUAUAUAUAUAUAUAUACACACACAUAUAUAUAGCCUUUGUACUUUACUGUGUGUUCCUGGUGAGUAUUUGUGUGAAAAACACUGUUCUCAAUAUGAUACAUGAAUUUUUUCAUCCCCAUAUUGCCCUUUCUCACAGAAAUAGUAUAUGGAUUCUAUUCCUUCCAUUUCUGAAACUAUUUCUGAAAUUCAUAACCGCACAAGAGUGCGUGAAAUUGAAGAAAAAAGAAUGUCUGAAGCAUAUUCUGCCACGUGGAGGCAGUAUGCCCCAGUGUAUAACGGGCAAGGUUUGCAUGACUAUUGGGGAUAUAAAUAGUGGGUUGGGUCAAAUGCAUCAUUGCUGAUACUACACUUUCAUUCCAUUCUCCACACAUUGAUGUGCAGUCUGGGCUUUUGCAUGUCAAGAAGAUAGUAUCUUUCCCACAGAGAAAAAGCAGCUGAUAUCAAAAAGGAAUAAACUAAAAAAAAAAAAAAAAGUUGCUGCCUGGAAUCCUGGAAGGCAAAUCUGUCCCUCCAGCUGUGGCUGAAGAAAAAGGCCCUUUGGGGCAGCAGACUGAGCCACAGAACCAUGCUAAAGGUUUUUGCUGAGAAUAAAGCAGCUGCUGGUUUUGACAGUGAAGAUAGAUUGAUGGUUGUAAAAAUCCUGUCUGUGCCUAUUCUAUUUAUGAAAAUGUUCUAUGUAUUAGCAAAAAUAUGGGUAGGAAAGACUUCAGCUUUGAAAGUCUGAAUUUAACAUGGACUACUUGACCCCUAAAGGAUGCCUUAUAAUUUCUACAACAAAUCUUCCAAGGUAUAAAAGCCUGAAUAUUAAAAUUAACCUCCAGUGGUUUUCUUGGUGCCAUAGCAGUGUCCAGAGGCUCGCUAUGCUAGGCUCUGUGUAAAGCUUAGUUGCAACAGGAUGUGUAGAGGAAAGGGAUUUCUGGUGACAGAUUUUGUGUGUCAGAGGAGCACAACUACUUCUCUGUAAAUGUCAACAAGCCUAUAAAAUGUCUGCAUGGGAGGGACCUAUGUUUGAUGGGACAAAGGUACAUAUCAGAAAGAGAAAAUCUCUUUUAACAGUAGGACAGAGAAUUUUUCAUUCCCUAGCCCCUUCUGUCUUCCUCAGAUCCUUUUCACACAAUACCAUGAGAUCCUGUAAUUUUAUUAGCCUCCCAAUAUCCUGAGAAGUAGUGUUUUAUGCCCCUCUAUCACCUGGAUUAUUUCACCCCUGGUUUGAGCCAGUUAAGUUUAUCCUCAGCUGUCCUGUCCACAAAUGCUUCCCCUUCACACCAAACUCACUGUUCAAGAGGAAGCUUGAGAGAAGGUUUUAUUUAUGAAAUACAUUGAUUAUGUACUUGAAAGUAAAUGAAAUUUUUUUUUUUUCCUGUGUUUGGUGCCUAAUUGGUAAAGGCACAUUAUCUUUUGGCAGGAUACUUUGGAGAAAAAAAAAAGACGGGGGGGGGGGGGGAAGGGAAGCAAAUGUAGAGGUCCUAAGUCAAGUUGUUAUGGUAGAUAAAGAUGGCUAACAUCUAAAAAAUCCAUUUUUAUAUAUAUACACACACACACAGAGGGUUACAGAGCUGCAUAGAGAGUUCCUAGAUCAGGAUUUUAUUUAGACAGAUGUAAAUGGUGAUUAAGCUUUUAAGGGGGGAAGAAGAGGUUUUUUGCCUUAGCUGCAGAGUUGAGCACAUCUGCUCUGUUAAUACUACUGAUAGUAGCAUUCAUGAUGCACUGAAUCAACCUGAGUCAUUUUAACAUGUAAUUGCCUAUUUCAUAAGAGUUGCAUACCAAGGUCAUAGAGACCUCUCUGAGUUCACAAAACCUCUGUAUCCUAACAUGAUCCUCUGGUAUUCUGGGUAUUCUGCACUCUUGUGCUGCUGAGCAUCCCUCCCACGCUAACUGGCCUGCACAAGUCCAUCCAGGCCAGUUUGCAUCUUACCUUUCUGGUAAUGAUUGAUUCUAGCUGAUAUAAAGAGGAGUGAUCACACAAUAAAUGCUUGCAUGCUGGUGGUCAUAUAGAAA